AUGGACGGAAAGCCAACCUUGCUGUACGUCACCACCGGGGAAGGCCUUCCUGCCUUCGCCUCUCGUCUCGACGCCUCCUCUCCUCCAAAUCGAGAGGCCAGAGAGGCAGAUAGAGAAACCUAGCCCCUUCAAUGGAGGACUCGAACGGCGCCGAGAUCAAGGCCCCGCCGCCAGUCCACCGGCGCCCGCCGCGCCCGCGUGGAGGCUGCUUCACCCCUGAGGGCUUCGUGGCCGCGCUUCGCCGCCGGCUCAGCUCCGGUGCCGCGGUGGCCGCGCGUGCCAGCUUCGCGGCGGACUCCGGCGACGAGUCCGGCCCCCCCGAGCCCUCCUCGUCGCACCGCCGCCGCGACUCAAGCGGGGACACCUCAUCCGCCGCCGGCGCCGGGGACUUCACCGCGUUCAGCUUCCGCGCGGCUGCCCCAGUCCACCGGAAGGCGAAGGAGAGUCCCUUGAGCUCCGACGCCAUCUUCAAGCAGAGUCAUGCAGGCCUUUUCAAUCUGUGCAUUGUUGUUCUGGUUGCAGUGAACGGCAGGCUUAUUAUUGAGAACUUAAUGAAGUAUGGCUUAUUAAUACGAACUGGCUUUUGGUUCAACUCUAGAUCAUUGCGGGACUGGCCACUUCUAAUGUGCUGCCUUAGUCUACCAGCCUUCCCCCUUGGUGCAUUUUCAGUUGAAAAGUUGGCGUUCCGUAAUGUUAUUACUGAUGCUGUGGCUACCUGUCUUCAUAUCAUUCUUACAACAACUGAAAUUGUAUAUCCAGUGCUUGUCAUUCUUAUGUGUGAUUCUGCGGUUGUGUCUGGUUUUUUGUUGAUGUUUAUUGCUUGCAUUGUUUGGCUGAAGCUCGUAUCUUUUGCCCAUACAAACCAUGACAUAAGGCAAUUAACCAUUAGUGGUAAGAAGGUUGAUUAUGCACCCAGCACAGAUGACAUGGAUAAUUUACAAGCUCCAACUUUAGGGAGUCUAGUGUACUUCAUGAUGGCUCCAACACUGUGCUAUCAGCCAAGCUAUCCUCGAACUGCGAAUGUUAGAAAGGGUUGGCUGAUUCGUCAAAUUAUUCUGUACUUGAUAUUUACAGGUAUUCAAGGCUUCAUUAUUGAGCAGUACAUAAAUCCAAUCGUUGUGGACUCUCAACAUCCAUUGAAAGGAGGACUUCUGAAUGCUGUAGAGACUGUUCUGAGGCUCUCAUUACCAAAUGUUUACUUAUGGCUUUGCAUGUUCUAUUGCUUUUUCCAUCUCUGGUUAAAUAUACUUGCUGAGAUUCUUCGUUUUGGUGACCGUGAAUUCUACAAAGACUGGUGGAAUGCAAAAACAAUUGAUGAGUAUUGGAGAAAAUGGAACAUGCCUGUGCAUAAAUGGAUUGUUCGUCACAUAUAUUUUCCUUGCAUGCGAAGUGGUAUAUCGAAGGAAGUUGCUGUUUUUGUAUCAUUUUUUGUAUCUGCUGUGCUCCAUGAGCUAUGUGUUGCUGUCCCCUGCCGAAUUCUCAAGUUCUGGGCAUUCUUAGGGAUCAUGCUGCAGAUCCCCCUUAUCACAUUGACAUCAUACCUCAAAAGCAAAUUCAGAGAUACAAUGGCCGGCAACAUGAUGUUUUGGUUCUUUUUCUGCAUCUACGGUCAGCCUAUGUCUAGCAAAAGCAGAAGUGGACGACUCGGAGCGCCCCGAGUAGCCCCGUGGCAAGCCACUGUGGGAUGGACAACCAAGACAGGGCUUAGGCCAGGGUUCUUCUAUCUGAGAAGCUCGAGGAGGAAGAAGCACUGUUACUAUUAAAGAGGAUUGUUUACUGCAAUCUGCUCCUCUUGAAGUCUGGGAGCGUGAGUGACACGGUCCGAGGCUGGAACCCGACUGACGCGAGCCUCGGCGACAGUAUCAUCCCCGGGCUGGGGCGCGGCGAGGGCACCGGGUCCCUCUUCCUCGACGGCGAGCCGGCGAGCCUGGGCGAGAGGUUGACGUGCUCGAGGGCCCUGGACUGGAGGUCCUGCGGGUAGUCGCGCACGCACCGGAUGCGUGGACCGGUGCCCGUCGACCACCGGCACGUCUGAUGGUUCUUGCCAUGAUCGACGCUUGCCGGCGGCCGCUGCACCUCUUCUUCUUCUCCUCCUCCUUCGGUGUCGGUGGUGUGGGAGUCCACCGGAGUGCCAGCAUCUUCCUCAGCAUCGCUCAUGUCACCGUGGUCUGUCUCGACGGCGAGGACGCCGUCUAUCUCAACUUCGGCUAGAUCUUCAGUAGCGUCAUUGUUAUGCUCAACAUGUUCAAGCUGAGUGUCAGAUUUGCUCGGCAACGGGUACUCGUCAUGUUUGUCGAUGGCAGAUUUCUGAAACAAACCACAGAAAUCACGCGUCAUUUUCUACGGUUCUGAUGAUUUACUUGCAGUAGUAAAACUCUUGUAAGAAAAUCAUCUAUCUCGUGGUAUGGAUAUGGUCUCGUAUUUACCUUGA